AUGAUAUCUGCUGAAUUAUUGCAAAUGGUGUCAACGAAUGUGCGGGGUCGAAUUUCCAAUUUUUGGCGUCAAGCCGCCACGGCCGCCCUAAGGCACCAAAAGCAGACGGAGUUGGCCUUGGAAGCAGCAAAUCAGCAGUCUUCAUCGUCGUCCCCAUCGCCGCAUCUCUUCAACUCAGAGGAGGUGGCUGCUCGGCGGACUCUGGCCACCAUUUUCGGACGGUCCUGGCCAAAGGUCCAGCAGGUUACCUGCUGGCAGCAUUCCUUCAAAGACCUUUUGGAGGACAAGCGUAAGCACAAAAUGCUCUGUUAUCAAGAGAUCUCCCGGGAUGUGGCGAACUCCCACAUUGAGCAGUUUGCUUCCGUUGUAGACGGCCUUUUAGUCUUUCGUGAGUUCCUACGAGGCGAAUUCAGUGACGAGAAUCUGGAAUUUUGGAUUGCAUGCAAAGAGUACAAGGCCCUCACGGACGAAUGCGAUCAACGAACGAGGGCCCAAGAGAUCUACGAGGAUUUCAUCGCAUACCAGUCACAGCGAGAGGUGAACCUCGACUGUGAAACGCGAAUGCAAACUGAACGGCGAUUACCCAGGGCAGAGUCAGACCUCUUUGACGCAAGCCAGAAGCGAAUUGAAGCACUGAUGGAAAAGGAUCCCUAUCGACGGUUCCUACGCUCAACCAUAUUUCUCAAACUUCUCGAAAUCUGUGAAAAGGAGGCUGCGAGUGUUCAAGAAGACGAGCCAAACCCUAAUUCGCGGUCUAGCACAUUCAGCCAAAAUGCGGAGUCGGGAAUAAUUUAUCAGAACGCGUCCAGCCAAUCAAAACGCCAGCCAUCGAGAACCAGCCGCUCGGUUGAUCUUGGAGACCUGAGAAUUGUUGUCGAAAAAGUAACUAAUUCUUGA